CGAAGCGCUGCAGGGGCCGGGAAGGGGUUAAGCCGGCGGGGGGGAAGGGGAGGGGGCGCGGGCCGCGCCUGCGCUCUGCCGCCCUCCAUUGUCUACACGGCUGCGAGGAGCGCCGGCGAGCGCAGCCCGGGACCUAGCGGGGCGGUGCGGCUGGCCGGCCGGCAGCAGCUGGAGCGAGAGCGCGACGUGACGCGACCGCGGCUUCCCGAGCUCCGCUUGGCCGCCCAGCACCGCAGCCAGCCCAAGGCCUGGAGGGGUCCGGGUCGCCGUCCACAGUCGCGGCGUCCUCAGGCGGGGGACGCGCCCGGAGCCCCCAGCCCUCCUCGCCUCCUCCUUUCGGGCCGGCGGCCUCCUCCGGCGUCUCCCCGCGCCCGCCUGCCGCCUCCCUCCCUUCUUCCCUGCGGCUCCCUCUGCUUUCGGGAGCCCGGGGGCGGCCUGUGGCGUUCCGAGCCUGCGCCGGACUGCGCCUCUUUGGACCUUGAGGGGAAACAUGCGCUUGGCUUGGAUCGUUUUAAAUUCUUAGUUUGGGAUCCCCGCCCGCCUGCCUCUUCCGCCCCGCGGGUUUUCUUUUCUUUUUUCUUUUUUUCCCUCCCGAUCUCCUUUUUGACUCCCAACCCCUUUAUGCUCGCCCAACCCUCCCCCUGCUGCUGAGAAGUGGGGGAGGGCUUUGGCCUCCAGGUUCCCGCCCCAUCGGGGCUCGGGCGAGCAUGGGGGGCAAGCAGAGCACGGCGGCCCGCUCUCGGGCCCCCUUCCCGGGGGUCUCCACUGAUGACAGUGCUGUGCCCCCGCCAGGAGGGGCGCCCCACUUUGGGCACUACCGGGCGGGCGGCGGAGCCAUGGGGCUGCGCAGCCGCUCGGUCAGUUCGGUGGCGGGCAUGGGUAUGGACCCCAGCACGGCCGGGGGGGUGCCCUUUGGCCUCUACACACCCGCCUCCCGCGGGACCAGCGAUUCCGACCGGGCGCCGGGCGGUGGAGGGUCAGCGUCGGAAUCCACUUAUGCCCAAGGCAAUGGUUACCAGGAGACGGGCGGCGGUCACCAUAGAGACGGGAUGCUGUACCUAGGUUCCCGAGCCUCGCUGGCGGAUGCUCUACCUCUGCACAUCGCACCCAGGUGGUUCAGCUCGCACAGUGGUUUCAAGUGCCCCAUUUGCUCCAAGUCUGUGGCUUCCGAUGAGAUGGAAAUGCACUUUAUAAUGUGUCUGAGCAAACCUCGCCUCUCCUACAACGACGACGUGCUGACUAAAGACGCGGGUGAGUGUGUGAUCUGCCUGGAGGAGCUGCUUCAGGGGGACACGAUAGCCAGGCUGCCCUGCCUGUGCAUUUAUCACAAAAGCUGCAUAGACUCGUGGUUCGAAGUGAACAGAUCCUGUCCAGAGCACCCGGCGGACUGACCCUGCUGGGCCUGCUUGCCGACUCCUCUCAGAGGCAGGCUCCCGGAGCGGCAUGCCAGAGCCUCCUGCGGAGUCUGUGAAGGAAGCCUCCGGAGGGAGACGACUCCACACCUUCUCUGCGCUUCUCAGGCGUCCACAUGCUGUCGCCCCUGUGGGCUCUGACCCUGCCAGGCCCCGUUCUGCAGCCGGCUUCUGUCAGGUGCUCUUUGAAGCCCCUGCUCUGCAAGGGCGUUGCAGGCCGGUGGGCAGAUGUGAGCUGAGGGACAGGCACGUUCGGCACGUCCAGAGAAACACCAGAGAAGAAUACGUGGGUCUGAGCCUGGGUCUUGGAGUCAGGCCUGAAGCAGAGACCCCAGGGACCAGUGAUCGCCGUGGCAGCCUCUAGAACAUGGACUCCGCACUGUCCGCACGUGGCUCCCCUGCUUCUCGGCAGAAUGGCUUCAUUUGUCUGAACUUCAGAUUCCUUGCAUGGGGACCAGGCCAUGCAGCUCAAAGGUCAUGGUGAGGGUCAGGAAGUCUGCCCAGAAGCCCCUGGCACACGCAUAGCAGGCUCCCUCGGAGCCUCGUCACUGCAAAGAGCAUUGUUCUAUUCACAGCACCGCCUGCUUCUGCCUGGCAACUGUGUCUCCCUGUUCUAUAUUUAAUUUCUCCAGCAAAGCUGGCCCUGACGAAGAUCUCCUUGUCUGACCCCUGGGCCUGCAGGCAGAGGGCUGUAUGCCCACCUCAGUUGCUUAGGCCUGGAGUCCUUGGCAGCAUCCUGGCUGAACUGAGUGGUUGUGAGCCAGGUGGGACCGGGCUGGAGCCCAUGCCAGGUGCUAUUCCAGGCUCCUGGGGCUGAUGUUAACCACACCCCCACCCAGUGACUUUCACUCCCACCUGGCACACCGCAGUCCUCCAAAUUCAGACCUAGACUGCCAACUCCUAGGGGUGGGGUGGGUGCCUGGGUGUCCCAGGUAGAGCUGGUAUCUGUCCUCUUCCAUCUGGACAGCUCUCGCCCCUUGGAGGGGAGGGGAUGGUGAGGAGCUGGGAGGUAGGCUCCACCCACUCCCUUUGUGGGGCUUCCUGGACCAGAGCACCUCACUGGUAUAAAAUCACCUAGUGGCAUUUAAUGUUCAGGUUUUUAAGAGAAUGUCCUUAUUCUUAGGAGAAAGAUGGUGAAUUAUGUAGGCAAAUGAUGCCAAGAAAUAUGUUAAUUUCAAAUGGCUUUCUUCAAAAUACAGCAAAUAGGACAAAAAUAUUCAUUGUUGACUCUU